GACUCGGUGGGUGGUAGGACAGAUCAGUGACUGAAUUGUAGUGCAGUUCUUAAUUUGCAUUCUUGAUGGACUCCUCGUGCCGAUCCGCUUGACUUCUUUCUCGGCGAGGGCCUAACGGUUGUUGUGGCUGUGUAUUUUGCUCGGGCUGUCAUUUAGAACUUCUCGUUACGUUCUGUAAUGUCAUGCACACCCAGCUCCCUUGCGACGAUGGACUGGCGGGCUGUUAUGCUGGUUUCCGUGGCCAUAUCAUCAUGCCAUCAAAUUGCAUCCGUCCCUAUUGCGUCAAGGGACAUCACCCCGCCAUCGCCGCACAGUACAGAUGGUCUCGAGGAUGGCGCCCCGGCAGCCUAUGUGUUCACCGUGUUUGUAUCGGAGAAUGGAGGCGACAAUGAUGAACGGCGCAAUCAACUCAUGUACAAGAUAACGGACAAGGCGACGGGCGCAGAGAUUGUCGAGGCUUCGGCGCUGGGCCUCACGGUCAACGGCACGGACUUGGGCCGAGGAGUGGAAAUGCACGAGCUUCCCGUGGAGGAGAUAGAAGAGGCGUACGUGAAGAUGGGCGAGCACCGUAAGGUGACCAGCCACGCCAUGAACUACACAUUCCCUGUGCAGCACCUGGAGAGCAACAUCACGUGGUACCUCAAUGUGCGGCUAUUCAACGACGGGGCGGCGUUCAGAUACUCGUGGGACGGAAGCCAAGAGGACCUGAUUAGCAAGGAGGACACGGAAUUUGUGAUGCCUGGUGCGUGUGUGAGAACACAUCUGUCAUCUGUGUGUGGGCACGGCAUGGUGACGAUGGCUUGGUGUGUCUGUAGAUGGCACCUAUGUGUGGCACUUUGAGAGGACAGAUGGCCGUCAGCAGUUCGAGCUCAAGUCAUACGCUGGUAGGCAAAUACAUAAUACAAUGCACCCACGCUUCCAUGUGUACCCAUUGCACAUAUGCAGGUGAGUAUUUGCAUUCGCCCGUGGACAGUCUCGCUACACGCCACAAGAAAAUCGGCCACUUGUACGGCGCCCCUCUCCUUUUUGAUUUGGACCCUGAGAGCGACGGCUGGAGCAGCGAGGGCAUCCAAUACGCUUUGAUCACCGAGGCGGCACUCUAUGACUUCUCCGGCAUGCGCAUCGAGGCACUUCCCGACCGCACCUUUCGCAUGAGGUUCAGCGAGGCGACCUUUCCCGCGCCGUCCAGGAGCAAGGAGGACGGCCUGACCCAUUCCCCCUGGCGCGUCAUCAUGCUGGCGUCCAACCUCAACGUGCUGGUCAACAACGAAAUGAUCUCACACCUUAACCCCGCUCCUUCGGCAGACCUUUUCCCCGCAGGAGCACGGGACGAUCAGAAUCAAUGGGGCCUUCCAUCAUGGGUGGUGCCCGGGCGAUCUGUGUAGCAAUGGAUCAACGCGAAGUGGACGAAGGGCCAUGGAUUCGAACAGACCACGCCUGAGGGUGAAAAGCGCUAUAUCGACGCUGCGGCCGAGCUGGGCUUCGAGUACACCACCGUUGACUGCUGUUGGCUGCAGUGGAGCGCACCACGAGAUGAUGGGUGUUACACGGCGCCAAACCCCUUAACCACACAAUCCAUCUGUCUGUGUCUGUGUCCGUGCAGUGAUGAUGAUUUUCUGAUCCGUCGCAAAGCUCCGAACGGCCUGUGGCAUGCACCCAGCUGGCCCGACGAGAUGCCUGUAUUCAGCUGGCCCAACUUCACCACCAGGCAGGAUUCAUACACCCUGCUUGCGGACGUCAUCGAAUACGCCAACGACAGAGGCGUGAAAGCCAUUGUGUGGAAGGUCAGUGGUGGUAACACCGCCCCGACACCAGAAUAUUGGUGUCUUUCUCAGAGCUCGUCUGACAGAGACAGGAUACUUGACCCGGGCCACGAUCGGGGCUUUACCAAUCUGCGCAACUUCCUAAACCGCCUUAAGGCUGUCGGUGCCAGCGGUGUCAAAGUAGAUUACGUGCAUGGCGAGACCGAGGGUGAAUGCGCAGGGCAAGGAGAGACAUACCGCGGUCUCGCAAUAUCACGUGGCGUGUCUCUGUCUCUCUGUGUAGAUAAGGUUCAAUUCGAGACGGCAUUAAUGGAGAUGAGUGCCGAGCUGGAGCUGGUGGUAAAUAUCCACGGCUGCCGGAAGCCCAGCGGAGCGACACGAAGAUACCCAAACCACGUACACACACAAAUACACACACAAUUGUCCACUCACCUGCUCGUCUGUAUGCGGCAUGGCAGUUGACGCGUGAGGCUGUGUGGGGUAUGGAGAUUAUGCAUUUCCUCCAUGGUAAAUAUUUUAAAAGCCCUACCAAGCUGGGAAUCAUGCCCAUCACGGCACGCCACAACGCCAUACUCCCCUUCACACGGUUUGUCGUCGGCGGCGCCGACUACACACCGAUGGCCCUCAAACCGGAAAUGAGGGGCAGCACAACCAUAGUCAGCCUCACACGCAGCUGGGAACUAUCCUCUUUCACACAAUCCUAUCGAAGGGGGGGGAUGGGUGUGUGCAGGUGCAUCAGAUAGCGUUGCUGGUCGUGUUCGACUCGCCGCUGCAGACCAUAGCCGAGGAUCCCCAUUACCUAUUGGACAAGGACAAGCCCCACGCUGCCGCUCUGGACGUCAUCAAGGCCAUCCCCACCACAUGGCACACCACCCACGCCCUCCCACCCAGCAGCAUCGGCGAGCUCGUCGUUAUGGCACGCAAGACCAACGACGAUGCGACCGACACGUGGUUCCUCGCAGUAAUCAACGGGCAAGACGAGCGGGUGACACUCGAUGCUAUACGCGUUGACUUCCUGAAUGAAAGCAAGACAUACGAGAUGGUUGCUUUGUCUAGUGACGAUAGUGACAAUGAGGGGAUGGUGCAGCGAGUAGAGACCUGGGGGAAGGGGAAGGAGUGGCGGCAGUUGGAAGAUGUCAGGCUCCUGCCUGGCGACGGGCUGGUGGUCAUGUGGACAGCCGUGGAAAAAGAGAAAGUGUGAAAAACACAGAGGAAAAGAACUGCGGAUGUGUCGUUCGGUCGUGACGUGAUGUGGUGACGCGUUCAGUCAUGGAGGUUUUUUCAUGGUCAUGUCGCUUCUUCUUCUCCUAACCCCCUCGUGGUCCCUCCAAACUCGUUUAUCUGUGUGGGCGGGCAGUCGAGAGGAGGCAUAAGUGACCGUUUCCGGUCGGCUCAGCCAGAGAUGUGUGUGAACCGCGAAUGGGCGGUCCGCGCGUCACCAAUGGACGGGAUGACUGCGUGCGGC